AUGGCGAUCGACGACUCGUUGCAAGCGCGCAUCACCACCGACUGCCCGGAGGAGACCCGACAAAUCCUCCUCCACGCCUGGAGCCAUGAUGUUUCCGAGCUAAAGAAGCUCCUCGAUGCCCCUGGCAAAGCAAGCGUGCAAGACCCCACGACCGGCGAGACACCUCUCCAUGCCGCGAUCCGCGCAUGCGGACCUGCAAAGGAGGAUGGUGAUAUCGAGGAGGCCAAGGAGACGGUCUACGAGCUCUUCCUGAAAGGCGCCAUCUGGAACGACGUCGAUGCCAACAACGAGACACCAGGCUGCCUUGCUCAGCGCCUAGGCCAAAGUGAGCUCUACAAGCUCUGCGUAGAGGCUGGCGUGCGCGCCGAGCUGCUGUUCGGCUUGCUGGACGGCUACGAGGAGUUGGGCUCUCAGAUGGACGAAGACGAGGAGGUGGAGGUGAUCGAGGAAGCCGAAGCCAUGGAGGCUGACGUUCAAGAUGGUGAAGAGGCCCCCGAGCUCGUCGAGGUGGAGAAGAAGUUCGUACCGCCGACGGUCGCCGACUCGGACGUCAAAUCGGAAGAGUACCUCCGCUCAAACCUGACCUACUCAGACGGCAAGCUUGUCGACGACGGCGGCAACGGCGUCAUGAUGGCCUGGGAAACAGAAAUCAUGCGCAAGAGCGUCGACGCUGUCCUCCCUGGCCUGGCUGUUGGCAAGCGGAUCCUCAACGUCGGCUUCGGUAUGGGCAUCAUCGACGCCAUGUUUGCCGAGACCAAGCCUUCCAGACACCAUGUCAUUGAGGCGCAUCCCGAGGUGCUCGAGCACAUCGAUAAGCCCAACUCCAAAUUCGGGGCAGCGUGGGAGGCGAGUGGACCCGAGGAGGGCGCAUACAAGAUCCACCGCGGACGCUGGCAGGAUAUCGUGCCCAAGCUACUGGAGGAGGGUGAAAUUUACGAUGCUAUCUACUUCGACACUUUCGGCGAGGAUUACGGCCAGCUGAAGAUGUUCUUCACGGAGUACAUACCUGGCUUGAUGGACGAGGCCGGCCGUUUCAGCUUCUUUAACGGCCUUGGAGCUGACCGCAAGAUAUGCUACGAUGUUUAUACCAAGGUUGUGGAGAUGCACAUGGCCGAUGCAGGCCUGGACAUCGAAUGGGAUGAAAUGGACGUCGACAUGAAGGGUCUGGAAGAGGCAGGCAAGGGAGAGUGGGAAGGUGUGAAGCGCCGGUAUUGGACUUUGGACAUUCUCAGGGUGCAGAAUGCCGGCCAUGUUGCCUUGCUGAACGCGCUUCAGGGUCAGGGCGGCAAUAAGAGCGGCACCAACACCGCUACCGUCCUCUGCAGCAAGAAUCUCGACAGGGUCCUCCUCCUUGGUGCUCUUCUUGGCGGGCCAGUCGAGGAUCUCGCGGAGAGCUUGGGCGCCACGAGCCUUGAAGUGAGGGUACUUGUUGAAUACCGAACCGUCAGCGCCAACGUGGCAGCUCUCGUAGCCCUUCUUCAUGCAUAUGGCGGCGACACCGCAGGCAGAGAGGCGGGCAGCACGAGUGCCGAUGAGCUCAGCAAGACGGCGGAUGAGCUCGAGCUCGGGGCGAGUAGCCUUGAGGCCAAGCUUGGAGGCAAACAGAUCGCUGGUCUCUUGCAAGUUCUCGAAUGGGUCGCUGUGAUAUGUCAGUUCUUACACGGACACAGGGUGCCAGAGUUUUACGUACUCCUCGAUGGCGGACAGGAAGGAGGAGUCCAGGGUGUAGGCCUUGCGGAGCUUGGCGAUGUCCUGGUUCUCAAAGAUGUGGAUGGAUUUGUUGUCGUGGAGGUCAACAAGGACCAGGCGGAAGAUCUCACCGAGAUAGAGGCCGGCGAUCAUCUUCUCGAACGCUUGCUGGCCGGGACGAGGGGAAUCCUUGUCAAUGAUGAUAUCGUAGGGGGUGCGAGGCAGGACCUGGUGCUCGUUGUCAAAGGCACCCCACUCGCAGUUGAUGGCCAUAGGGGUGUCAGGGGGCAGGUUCAUGUGGGCAAGUUUGGGAAUGGAGCCGCAGUUCUCCAUGUAGGCGGCGUUGCAACCAGUGCCGAAAAUGCAGCCAAUCUUCAUCUUGGUGUCGGUGUACGCCGAGGCAAUCAGAGUACCGGUAGUAUCGUUGAUCAGAGCCGUGAGCUUGAUAGGGACGUUCUAGGGACAUGUUAG